AAGCUGCUAGCACCUUUUUUAAAUGGCACUCCUGCGGAGCACGGAGAAUUAGUUAAUUACUUUUAUAAUUCGUUCGGAAGUCCCGCACGCAUCGAUUAUGGCACGGAUCUAUGUCGAACUGGUCAUGAAUUGUCUUUUGUUUGUUUUUUGUGUUCUCUUUACCAACUAAAGUAUCUGCCUAAUGAGGACCUGAAGAUAAUGGGACUCUUUGUUUUUAAAAAAUAUCUGGGAGUGGUUCGAAAUCUCCAGAAAACGUAUUGCGUGGAACCGGCAGGUAGUCAGGGCGUUUGGGGAUUGGACGACUUUCAGUUUUUACCAUUCUUGUGGGGCAGCUCUCAAAUGAUUGCUUGUCCUCCAUCAACUUUAAAAUCAAUAUCUUCUCCUGAAUUUUGCAAAAAAGAGGGGGGCUGCAAUUUAUUUUUAGAAGCCGUUGCGUACGUGCAUGCCUCCAAGUCGGGACCUUUUUUUGAGCACUCUCCCGUACUGUACGAGAUCAGUCAAUCAGAUUCAUGGGAUAAAGUUAACCGAGGUCUCUUCCGUAUGUACAAAGAUCGCGUUUUGCAUCAGUUAUCAAUUAUCCGACAUAUCCACUUUGGAACAAUAUUAUCCCUUAAAAAAAAUACUGAGAAAGUUUUAUAG